AGUAGAUGAAAAAGAAACAUUUUCCAGCCUCAAAAUAAGUCUGGAAGUCUUUAAGUCCUCUUGGUUUUUAUCUCCUAGAAGAUUUCACAGUGCUGACCCACGGAGCUCACCUUGUCACCGGAAAGUGGACUAUCUGGGUUUCCAUGAAAGAUGCUGUGAUUUUGAAACCAGGUCACCUGGAGCCUGGGGCUGCCCCAGCUCUCUCAGGAUUUGGCAGACAUUGGAGGCGGCGGUGAAGGACACAGUGGUGGUCAAUGUUAUUUGAGCACGAUCAGCAGACCCCGGAGCUUCCUCAGUGCACGAUGCAGAAGGCUGCUUACUAUGAAAACCCAGGACUCUUCGGAGGCUAUGGCUACAGCAAAGCCACUGACACUUAUGGCUACAGUGCCCCCCAUCAGCCUUAUCCACCCCCUGCUGCUGCCAACUCCCUGGACACUGAUUACCCGGGCUCUGCCUGCUCCAUCCAGAGCUCUGCACCUCUGAGAGCCCCAGCCCACAAGGGGGCUGAACUCAAUGGCAGCUGCAUGCGGCCUGGUACUGGGAACAACCAGGGUGGGGGUGGUGGCAGCCAGCCUCCUGGUCUGAAUUCAGAGCAGCAGCCACCACAACCCCCUCCUCCACCACCAACACUGCCCCCAUCCUCACCCACCAAUCCUGGAGGUGGAGUACCUGCCAAGAAGGCCAAGGGUGGGCCCAAUGCUUCUGGCUCCUCAGCCACCAUCAGCAAGCAGAUCUUCCCCUGGAUGAAAGAGUCCAGACAGAACUCCAAGCAGAAGAACAGCUGUGCCACUGCAGGAGAGAGCUGCGAAGACAAGAGCCCGCCAGGCCCAGCGUCCAAGCGGGUGCGCACAGCGUACACGAGUGCACAGCUGGUGGAGUUGGAGAAGGAAUUCCACUUCAACCGCUACUUGUGCCGGCCACGUCGCGUGGAGAUGGCCAACCUGCUGAACCUCACCGAGCGCCAGAUCAAGAUCUGGUUCCAGAACCGGCGCAUGAAGUACAAGAAGGACCAGAAGGCCAAGGGCAUCCUGCACUCGCCGGCGGGUCAGUCUCCGGAGCGCAGCCCCCCGCUCGGCGGCGCCGCGGGCCACGUGGCCUACUCGGGCCAGCUGCCGCCCGUGCCGGGCCUGGCCUACGACGCGCCCUCGCCGCCCACCUUCGCCAAAUCUCAGCCCAACAUGUACGGCCUGGCCGCCUACACGGCGCCGCUCAGCAGCUGCCUGCCGCAGCAGAAGCGCUACGCGGCGCACGAGUUCGAGCCCCACCCCAUGGCGAGCAACGGCGGCGGCUUCGCCAGCGCCAACCUGCAGGGCAGCCCUGUGUACGUGGGCGGCAACUUCGUCGACUCCAUGGCGCCCGCGUCCGGGCCCGUCUUCAACCUGGGCCACCUCUCGCACCCGUCUUCGGCCAGCGUGGACUACAGCUGUGCCGCGCAGAUUCCGGGCAACCACCACCACGGACCGUGCGACCCCCAUCCCACCUACACAGAUCUCUCGGCCCACCACUCGUCUCAGGGACGCCUGCCCGAGGCCCCCAAACUGACGCAUCUGUAGCGGCCGCCACCGGCCGGAACUCGCGGCGCAAUUACCUCUUUUGCUUUGGUGGCGGGGGUGGCGGGCGGGGCCCGCGGGGCAGCUGGGUGACCUGCCUCCCUCGUUCUGGGCCGGUCGCUGCCUCCCAGGUCUCGGGCCAACAGCGGCCGAGGCGCAGGCGACUGGGCCUUCCCUCCAGGCGCGCGUCCUUUGGGUGACUCGCCAUAAAUCAACCGCAAGGAUUCUCCUCUGUAAGCCUGGCAAAGCCGUAUACUGCGGACCGAGGGACUCUAAUCUGGUACUGGUGUCCCGAAGGUAAGUCUGAAUCUAUCGGCGGCGCGCCCUGCAGAGGGACCUGAGCCCGGAGAGCCCCGGGUCUGGCCCGCGUCUAGCUUAGUUGCGGAGACCUUAAUUUAUACGCUCCUUCCCGUCCCGUAAGGAUUGCAUCGGACUCAACGAUCUGUAUUUAUUAUUUGAAGCGAGUCAUUUCGUUUCCCUGAUUAUUUAUCCUCGUCUUAAUGUAUUUAUGUGUAUAUUUGUAGAAUUCUCCAGCCGAGCUUAGGAACGCGCUCCCAGGCCGCGGGGGCCACAUUUCACCUCUUUAGUCCGCUUUGUCUGAACUAGUUGAGAGAGUAGUUUUGAACAGUUGUAACCGUGGCUGGUGUUUGUAGUUGAUGUAAAGGAUUAAGACCGCAAAUUGUCCUUCAUGGGUAGAGUCAGGCGGCCCUGUGGCGAGGCAAGACACCCGCUACCCAUUUCUCAACAGCUGCAGCCCUCACCACUUGACACAGUUUAUUGAUUUCAAAUUGUCUGGUAAUAUUUGAACAAAUAUUUAGAAUAAAAAAAUUUCUCAGUCGGAA